AUGGAACGCCAGGAACCAUCUUUUAAAGCCUGGCAUCGACUCACAUCACAUCCUCAAAUUGUAUUUGCUCUUAAACACCAUUAAAAACAAAUGCAAAGAUUAUCCUUCGCCUUUGGAGGAAGAUGACUGAAAUGGCCCGUGCUGCUUUAGAAAAUGCGGUGGAUACCAUCAAGGUAUCAGGUGGACAGUUUCUCUUGCCACCCUCUGAGCUCCUAUGGCGCUUUUCCGCUCACCUGUUAGGUACUUUAUGCCAUUUAUUCCUAGUGCAGACCAUUUCUGUGAUGUUAACUUAAAAGCCUUCUAUGUAAUUUAGUACACAAUCCACUUGUGUAGGCUUGACUCAGACUUUAAGAUAAAAAGCAUUCAUCACGUGCUGUUCCAUGGAAAAGGAAUUUAAACUCUCCUCUUCAGAAGAAGACCUGCCUGCAGUAGAAAUAAAAUAGCUUCUCCCUGAAUGGAGCGCUGAUUUGGCAAAGAUCACGAGCAGUCAAGUCAAGAGGAAUGUAAUUGACUGCCUGAAAUUUAAAUUAGCUUGUAAUCUGACUUUGAAAAUAAAGCCGAAGAGAGACGCGAGAAAGUUUCCUGAAGGUGAAUUCAUGUCCUUCCCAUCGCUUCCAGUUUCAAGGUUAAUAACAUACCCACGAUAAAAGUAAUAUGCAGUGAAGCUUAUCUUUUCCUGUGCUUGUUCUUCCUGAUAUACUGACGCUGUGCUUAGAAAACAUACCCUACAGAAAGAGAACCCACAUCCGCAGAAAUGAUUUUCAGAUAUCGCCACAGAUUUACACACUGUUUCGGUAAUGUUUGGAGGAGGAACUUUCCCCUUUAUUGUGUCCAUAAAGCAUAAAGUGACAACCCAAGAAAGAACCUUAAGUAAGUAACACAGAUUUUCUUGUUUGUUUAGAAAGUCGUCAUAGUUUCAGAAGAUUCUUUCUCGUCAAAUAACUUAUUCAUUCUUGAGGGACACGUUAUUUUUUUCUCCUUAAAAUCACUGAGUGGUGAAACGCUCCAGGAGUGGAACAUGAGUUAAAGGAAAAGGGUUCCCUAAUUAUUGCCACUGCCUUUAACAGGACUAUGUAAUGAAAAAUUGCUUCUUUGCCCUAAAAGAAAACAUGGAAAGAAUGUGUACAUUUGGAAGUAGGAACAGGAGACAUAUAGGGAAUCCAGAUACAGAAACUGGUCACCGUGCAUGAAAAACUUAACAUUCGGGGUGCCUGGGUGGCUCAGCGGGUUGGGUGUCCGACUUCAGCUCAGGUCAUGAUCUCAUGGUUUGUGAGUUUGAGCCCCGUGUCGGGCUCUGUGCUGACAGCUCAGAGCCUGGAGCCCGCUUCGGAUUCUGUGUCUCCCUCUCUCUCUGCCUCACCCCUGCUCACGCUCUGUCUCUCUCUGUCUCAAAAAUAAAUAAACAUUAAAAAAACCCACUUAACACUCAAAAAAGAAACUGGGGGUGAUUAUUUUCAGCAGGAAAAAAAAAGUCUUGACUUUACAGGUAAUUACACACUUAAUAGUAUAUAUAGAUGGAAUAGGGCUCAGGUUGCUGCAAGGCAGAUUUCUUUUAAACAAAUCCCACUUGCACAUUAAUUUCUAUUGUGGAACUUAAAAAAUUGGUCCCUAGAUGUAAUAAAAUUAUCUUUAAAAUAUACACGUGUAAAUGGAAAUGUCUUUCUGACAAAACCAUUGAACCAUUAUCUAUUAAUGAUACUGAGCUAGGGUUCACAAGAUUUUUUAAACUGUGAAAGUAAAAACAGUAUCUAGGCAGACACGCUAAAAGGGGAUUGUUUCGCUUUACCUUAUUUUAAACUUGAUUCCUGCUGUAGUAGCAAUAAUCCAUAAAGCUUCAGACACCUGCCAAGGUCCCAGUCGAUCUUGAAGCAUGCUAAUGUUUCUAACUUUAUAUCCAAAGAAAUUAUUUUCCAUUUUCUACAGCACUUAAACUUACUGGCUUCUUUCCAGACGUCUGAACCUGGCCAUGUCUUCCAAGUACGUAAGAAUGCUUUUAGAUAAAAGGAGAGAAUUAUCCAAAUAACUAAGUUUGAUAGGUUUCCACAGUACUCUUUAUGCUGCAUUGGAGACAUAGAUACAGAGAUACUCUACUGUGUUCUUGCGACGGCGGAGGUGCUUGGCUGCUGACAGUAAAGGAGGAGGAAGGCACCGGAGAGAAGGUGUCCGUCUUUGUUGUAGUUCAUCGGAGGCACCAGCUGCCGGCUCCCGGAGGUCACUGGAGAAGUUUCAGUUCAUGCUCUGCCUGCAAUCGAACACAAAGACCCGGAGGAGACUCCCACGUCGUUCGGGGAGAAGAAAGGAGGCGGCCGGGCGCAUCAGAGGAACUCGUGGCUCGUGGCCUUCCGGAGAGGGAGGCGAGCGGAUCGGAGGCGGGGGGCGGUCGGCGAGCCGUGAGAUGAGGCGCCGCCGCCGCUGCUGCUGCUGCUGCUGCUGACGACUCCCAGACCCCAGGCUCCGUGCGCCGCCCUGCGUGCUUCAUGUACAUGUGUCUGCCCCGCGCACCCGGAGGCGCCCAGACGAGAAUCCAACACGGCUGCCGGGGAGAGGCCACCCACCAUGCCCACGGAGACGCUCCAGACAGGUAGCAUGGUGAAGCCGGUCAGCCCCGCGGGCACCUUCACCUCGGCCGUGCCCCUGCGCAUCCUCAACAAAGGCCCCGACUACUUCCGCAGGCAGGCCGAGCCCAACCCCAAGAGACUCAGCGCCGUGGAGAGGCUGGAGGCCGACAAGGCCAAGUACGUCAAGAGCCAGGAGGUCAUCAACGCCAAGCAGGAGCCCGUGAAGCCGGCCGUGCUGGCCAAGCCGCCCGUGUGCCCCGCCGCCAAGCGCGCCCUGGGCAGCCCGACGCUCCGCGUGUUCGGCGGCCACGCCAAGACCGAGAGCGGCGUGCAGAGGGAGACCCUGAAGCUCGAGAUCCUGAAGAACAUCAUCAACAGCUCGGAGGGCUCCAGCUCGGGCUCGGGGCACAAGCACAGCGCCCGGAACUGGCCGCCCCACCGGCCGGACUCCGCCGACCUGCAGCGGCACUCGUUCGCCGAGUCCCUGAAGGUGUACCCCACGCAGGGCCGCGGCAGCCCGCAGGAGGGCGGCUCCCACGGGGGCCGGCGGCUGCUGGAGCCGGCGGCCGAGUCCUUCCUCCACGUCUCGCACAGCUCCUCGGACAUCCGCAGGGUGACCAGCGCGAAGCCCUUGAAAGCGAUCCCCUGCAGCAGCUCUGCGCCCCCCCUGCCUCCCAAGCCCAAGGUCGCGGCCGCGGCCACCGCGAAGUCCCCCGAGGCCGACGCGGUGGAACCGGCCUGCGGCGUCAGCCGGAGGCCCUCGCUCCAGCGGUCCAAGUCGGACUUGAGCGACCGGUAUUUCCGGGUGGACGCGGACGUGGAGAGGUUCUUCAACUACUGCGGACUGGACCCCGAAGAGCUGGAGAACCUCGGCAUGGAAAACUUUGCCCGGGCCAACUCCGACAUCAUAUCCCUCAACUUCCGCAGCGCAAGUAUGAUCAGCUCAGACUGCGAACAGUCUCAGGACAGUAACAGUGACCUUAGGAAUGACGACAGUGCCAAUGACCGGGUGCCAUACGGCAUCUCUGCCAUCGAAAGAAACGCGAGGAUCAUCAAGUGGUUGUAUAGCAUCAAACAAGCCAGAGAGUCACAGAAGGUCUCCCACGUGUGAGACAGAAAGGCCGUGCGAAGGAGGGAGGGGUGGGUCUCUGUCUGUGCAUCCGCAGUCGUGAAGGGUGUGCGGUCUCCUUGAAGUGUUGUGAGCUUCUCCACUCUCUUUGUGUUGCUUGUUGUGCAAUGUUUCCAAGUUGCAUGCCUGUCAACAUGGGGACCGACCCGGCUUCCACGUCCACCAUCGCUGCAGAGCCCGGCUGAACGCACGUCACCUGCCAAGAGUUUGCGGCCAGAAUCCAGAAUCCAACUAGGGCUUCGAUCUUUUGAGCAAAACUGUUUACACGAAAAACGGUAGACAACUUCUUCGAUAUUUAUGUGGUUCUUGUGUUUUUCUAUCCCGCGCUAUUGUGUCUUAAUUAAAAAUCUUAUCCACUGGCUUUUAAGUUGAGAGGAGAACCAUUUCGAAGUAAAAAGCCAAUUUGCCUACACGCGAGACCCAAACAGUGGGGAAGGAAAUGGGAUCUGCUACCAAACGGAUAACAGUGACUGACCUGAGUGAGAGAACCAGGCUGGGUUUUCUGAGGAAGAAAAGCGGUGAGCCUGAUGUUAAGCGUUUGCGUAUUGGAAUUCUCCUGCCUCUCCUUAAAGUAAUGGGGCAACCGUGCUACGUUCUGUGUCCGACUCCGUGUGUAAAAUGUUGGUGCUUCUGUGUAAUACUGACCCCGAGGAAAGACAAUCAGAUACAACGAGGGCGAUUAAAUCUAGGAGUCCGGGGGUUGGGGGUUUUGUUGAUGUUCUGAUUUGGGUUGAUUCCAAAAUUCCUACUAGUAAUCUUUUGAUGGGAAUGGCCAUCCUAAAGCUGAUACUAAAUGUCUUAAAAAACAAAACAAAACAAAAUGGUUUUUGAUCAAGAACUGAUUCUAUGCUGAUUCUCUUCCCUCUCUCCUCCCCUUCCUGCGUUGUUGAUUUAUUUGGGAGAGGGGGGUGGGGCUUGUGCAGGUUUGAGUUCUCUGAAGACAUAAACACAAAUGGAAAUACCAGCCAUAUCAGUAUAGAGCCUCCCAUGCAGAAGUGAAUACCUUCCGUAGCUGAACCAUAUCCGAGCAGUGCGAUUGUGUUGUCUUGCCUAUGUUAUUCUCUCAGGCUGUGGACCUUUGUUACAGCUCUAGGAAACUGUAGAGACAUGAUGCCAUGUAGCUUCCCGCCCCCCCCCCACCCCCCGCCUUUGGUCUCUAGUGCUGCCUAUCAGCUUGUUCCCCGUUUUCCCCAGUAACCUGUCCCGCAGGUGGUUAGUUAGCUGUGGACCAGCUGAUAGUCGCGGUGCGGUCGCAGAGAGGUAAAUGUGUGGCAGUCUGCUUCAUUGCUCUGUACUCAUGCCCCGAAGUUCUCAGCAGCACUACCUUAGACUUCAUCGGCUAAUGGGAAACUUUUUAUGGUGUAAAUGCUGUAAGACUUUGUACAUACUUCAGUUGUUAUGAAAUCUUUAAGAAACAAAAAAAAAAAAGUUACGCUAAUAAAUAGCUCUGGUGCAGGCA